AUGUCUUACAGAGGUGGCGGUGGACGAGGGGGUGGAAGAGGUGGAGGGUUUAACCGGGGAGGAGGUGGAUUUAACAACCGAGGCGGAGGAGGCAGAGGAGGCUUCGGCGGCCGGGGUGGGGGUCGUGGUGGUUUCAGACAGCAAGACUAUGGACCACCAGAAUACGUUGUAGCUUUAGGGGAGUUUAUGCAUCCCUGCGAGGACGACAUCGUGUGCAAAUGUACGACACAGGAAAACAAGGUCCCUUACUUCAACGCGCCUGUUUACUUGGAAAACAAGGAGCAGAUUGGAAAGGUGGACGAGAUAUUUGGACAGCUACGGGACUUUUACUUUUCCGUCAAAUUGUCUGAAAACAUGAAGGCGUCUUCGUUUAAGAAAUUGCAGAAGUUUUACAUAGAUCCCAUGAAGCUUCUACCACUGCAGAGGUUCCUGCCCAGGCCGCCCGGUGAAAAGGGUCCGCCGAGAGGAGGCCGAGGUGGGGGAAGAGGUGGAGGAAGGGGAGGUGGUCGUGGAGGUGGAUUUCGAGGAAGGGGAGGUGGAGGCUUCGGAGGAGGUGGUAGAGGUGGCGGUUUUGGACGUGGAGGAGGCGGUUUUAGAGGAAGGGGAGGAGGCGGCGGAGGACGUGGAUUCAGAGGUGGUAGAUGA